AUGGCAGGAAUGGAUGCUUAUCGCCGAAAUCUCUACAUUUUGUCUCCUUACAGCGAGGAGAGAUUGUUCCUUGACAAAAUGGCAUAUUAUUCCGUCUGGAAAUCGAGUCUAAGUUCUCAAGUCACCGGCGUGCCAGUUCCGCACCAGUGGGCCCACAUUACACCAACCCCUUCGGCCUUGCGCGCAAUGAUGUUUCGAUCGAUGGAUGAAGUAUUUGCAGCCAUCCCCACCUCGGCCAAACCCGACUAUAUUGCCGCUCGGGAUGUCAUUCAUCAUGUACUAUCCCUUCUCCGGGUAGUAUCGCUUCACAUGCUCGAGUCAUUUUCAGAUUGGCAAGACGAGGAAGCCGACGUCGACGCGUCGAGAAGUAGCCUAAAACAUUGGAUGGAAAACAAUCAAUCUAUUGCCAGGAAAUGUCUGUGGCAUGCUGCAUGUGUUUUCAGCGCAUUGAAAAUAAAGCAGAAAUUCGCCUGCCAUGAUCCUCUCUGUUUCCUGAUUGCUUUCUUCUAUAUAUGGGCAUUCGACACGCUCAUGGUCGCUCCUGAACUCGAAAAGCCGCAAGCUUCAAACAAAGAGGUCCGCUUUUUAGACACCAGGGAAAUUCAAAUUUGGAUUGCUGAAGGGCCAAAUACUCCACUCAAUCUGAUUGGGGUCGGCAAUCUGACGGGCAAAGCAAGCUCCUUGCGUCUACUCACCGAGGUGCACCAGAUCUUUUCAAAAACGCAAGUCCUGGUCUGGGCUUUGCCGUGGCAUUGCGUCUGCAGUUGA